UUGCAAGGGGAGGGACUAUUUGACAAGGUUCAGCUACGUGCGCUCUUCACAGAGAGCGCGUAGUUCCGGUUGUGGGCGUGGCUUGUGGAAUUGCAUACGCUGGCAGCUCGGCAACUCGGUAGUCAGUGUUCACACACCCAACAAGGCGAAGCCGAGUGCUUUCGGGUCUUCUUUCCAGCCCAUCGGUUCCUUCCUAUCCCUGUGUAACGCGCGCAGCCUAGUCAUGGUAGCCAAGCAGAGAAUCCGCAUGGCGAACGAGAAGCACAGCAAAAAUAUCACACAGAGAGGCAACGUGGCCAAGUCAUCGAGAAAUGUCACAGAGGAGAAAUCUUCAGUGGGACCCUGGUUACUGGCGCUCUUUAUCUUCGUGGUCUGUGGAUCCGCUAUUUUCCAGAUUAUUCAGAGCAUCAGGAUGGGCAUGUAAAGAAGAUUUUCCCCUCUCCCUAUGUUGCUAUUCACCUGUGAAUUAUAAUCGAACUCUAAUAUUUUGAUCUGUUGACCAGGACAAAGGAAAGAUAACGGAUUUCACAUAACUGCCUGUUCCAGAAUGACCGUUUAAUACAACUCUCAUCUGAGUCAUUCCAAAUUAUUCCACCAAAGUCAUUCCAAGUUUUCUAAUCCAUACCACAGUGCCUUCACAAGGCACCGUAUGCAGAAAAGCAAUAAAGCUGAUAGCCUGCA